UGUGCAGAAAGAAAGAGGGGGGGAACGUGGUCCGGGAGGUGGUACAGUGGAUAAAGCAUUGGACUCUCAAGCAUGAGGUCCUGAGUUCAAUCCCCGGCAGCACAUGUACCAGAAUGAUGUCUGGUUCUUUCUCUCCUCCUAUCUUUCUCAUUAAUAAAUAAAUAAAAUCUUUGAAAAAAAAAAAAAGAAGAAGGGGAACGAUAAUGGUUAGUAGAAACUUAAAAACUGAAUGGACUGAAAAGAGAAAAUAAUAGAAGCAGAUACGAAGAAAAAGCCAUGUACCCAUACCCUAUGGUCUUGUCAAUGUUUCCUUUUUAUAAAAAAAAAAAAAAAAAAAAAAAAAAAGCCAUGUACCCAAAGCACCUUAGACUCAAAACAGGAGCGUGCAGAGGGGCGAGGACUACAGCCCCCAGAAUCCCUUGCGGCACCCUCCGGGAAAGCCGUCUCCUAGGCAACCCGCCCAAACAAGAUGGCGACAUCCGGGAGUCAUCCCGAGAGACUAGUGCCUUCCUCUCUCCCGACAGACUCGAGCAGUUUACGAUUUGUUGCUCAGUCGAAACUGCUGAACCUAGAAAAAUCGCUCAUGGCUCCCGGGACUUCUUUCCCCAUGGGGCAGAAUCUGAGAGGUGCUUUCCACAGAAGCUCCUCCUUCCUGCUCCAGCAACUCGUUCAUCAGGAGUUAGGGGAGGACACAGAGGAGUACGAAGAAGAGGAUUUCGAAGAUCUGGGUGAGGAAGAGGAGGAAUCGUCAGAGUCUUCAGAGUCCGAGAUGGUGAAUUUAGAGGAGCAUAGUGAUGGGAUCCUGCGAGAAGAGGCCGUGGCUGAGGCCCUCCAUCAACUGGGGCGCUCAGGCUCAGGAACUGAGCAGGUCUACCUCAAUCUAACAUUGUCGGGCUGUGAAUUAAUUGACAUUAGCAUUCUCUGUGGAUAUAUUCACCUACAGAAGUUGGAUCUCUCAGUAAAUAACAUUGAAGAUUUGUCCUGCGUGGGAAAUAUGCCCUAUCUCCUAGAACUUAAUGCUUCUCACAAUAAGCUUACUACGUUCUUCAAUUUCAAGCCACCCAAGAAUCUCAGGAAAGUGGAUUUUUCCUAUAACCAGAUUUCUGAAAUGAGUGACUUAUCAGCGUAUCAAGCUCUCACUAAACUAAUUUUGGACUGCAACCAGAUCAAAGAAAUCACUGGAUUAGAACAAUGCAACAAUCUAACUCACCUUAGUUUGGCCCAAAACAAGAUCACAGAAAUUAAUGGCUUGUACACGUUACCGAUCAAAAUACUUUGUCUGAGCAAUAACCAGAUUGAGAAGAUCACAGGUUUGGAGGAACUCAGAGUCCUGCAGAAUGUGGAUCUGUCGCAUAAUCAGAUCAGUAGCCUCCAAGGCUUAGAGAAUCAUGAUUUACUGGAAAUUAUCAACCUAGAGGAUAAUAAGAUUUCUGAGUUGAGUGAAAUAGAAUAUAUUGAGCAGCUGCCUCUUCUUCGAGUUCUCAAUCUUCUGAAAAACCCACUUCAGGAAAAACCUGAAUAUUGGCAAUUUGUGAUUUUUAUGCUACUACGUCUAACAGAAUUAGACCAGAAGAAGAUUAAAGUGGAAGACAAGGUUUCCGCAGUGAAUAAAUAUGAUCCUCCCCCGGAAGUGGUGGCCACCCAAGACCACCUGACUCAUGUUGUCAACAGCGUGAUGCAGCCCCAGAGGAUCUUUGAUAGCACCUUACCCAGUCUGGAUGCCCCCUACCCCAUGCUGAUACUAGCUGGGCCCCAAGCUUGUGGGAAGCGAGAACUCGCCCACCGUCUCUGCAGACAGUUUAGCACUUACUUCAGAUAUGGGCCCUGCCACACCACAAGACCACCAUACUUCGGAGAAGGGGACCGAGUUGAUUAUCAUUUUAUCUCUCAAGAAGUUUUUGAUGAGAUGUUAAGCAUGGGGAAAUUCAUUCUAACAUUUAAUUAUGGAAACCACAAUUAUGGAUUAAGUAGGGACACGGUGGAAGGUAUCGCAAGAGAUGGCUUAGCAAGCUGUAUCCAUAUGGAAAUAGAAGGUAUGAGAAGUUUGAAAUACUCCUAUUUCGAGCCUCGGUACAUCCUAGUGGUGCCCAUGAACAAGAAAAAAUAUGAGGGGCACUUACGGAGGAAAGGACUAUUCAGUCGUUCAGAGAUCGAAUUUGCUGUCUCCAGAGUGGACCAUUACAUUAAGGUUAAUCAGGAAAUGCCAGGAUAUUUUGAUGCAGUGAUCAAUGCAGAUGACCUGGAUGCUGCCUACCAUAAUCUUAGUCAGCUCGUUAGAGAAUACCUUGGAUUGACUGAGGAAACUUCCAAGACAUUGGCUCCAACUACAGCAGGAGCUCCCUCUAACAAGAAGAGCCCCACUGGGGUACCAGCACACCUGGUACCAUCCCCAAGGCGCUUGGCCAAACUGCAAGCAGAUGGGCAGAUAACUGAGCAUCUCACAGGAAAGCAGACUCAUGCCAGUGCCCCUGAAAACCAAGACACAGCUCCCUCACAGAAUGAGCUGUCACCCAACAGCCAAGCCAAGGCAGAGCCUCCACCGCCACCUCCUCCUCCUCCCCAACCCAACUCAACAGCUCCUGGCACUUCUCAGCAGACCCAAGACACAGCCCCAAACCAGAAGGAAGAGAAUGUUCAACCAUCAGAGCCGGCUUCAAUAACAGCAACCACAGGUCUCCCUGAAAGUGAGGCCCAGACCGCCGCUGCUCCUUCUCCUGGGCCUCCACAGGAGCCUGACCAAGAUGAGGAAUCUGGGGAGGCCAAGGUCUCCCCCACUGGCUCCACAUCCCUUGACCUUCAAAAGACCCAGGGUGAUGCAAAUGAUGGCCCUUCCCAGCCUGAUGGGACCAAGACACUGGGGACAUCUGUGGAGGCUUCUGAGGAACCUCUAGAAGAGGGAACCCCCAAAGUAGAAGCAGUCCGAGCAGACACUCCUUACCCAGAACUGCCACAUCCCCAAGACUCAACAAGUGUGAAACAGAGCCAGGACAGGGGAGACACAGCAACUCUGCUCCCCAAGAGCCGCAUGGCUCCCACCAGGCUGCCCCAGCCCCGAGUCCUCGCUCCCCUCCAGAGCCCCAGGCCCACACCCAAACUCCUCUCACCCAGCCGGGAGGACGCUCAGGGAACCUCUUCAGAUCAAACCAUGACUCCUUCACCUAGACCCCUGCUGGCUCCUGAAGGAGACUCCAGUAAACUUCCUCCUAUCAGCCCUUCCCAGUCCAAACCACCCCAAAAUCAGAGCCCCCAGACAGGUCCCAGCCCUCCACAGCCCCAGGAAGAGACAGUCAAGGAGGUGAAACUCCCUCUCAUCAGCCCCCCAGUCCAGGAACAGGCCCCAGAACCAACCCCUGUGGAGGAAGCUCAGGUGGUUCGACUCCCUCGAAUUCCCACCCCUUUCACAGAACCACCACAGCCUCAGAACACAGGAGCUCACCCCACAAAGGGAAGGCCGGCUCCCAAAGCAGGCCAAUUCUCCAGCAAGAAGACUCCAGACCAUGAGACUUCACCCCAAAACCAAGACCUAGGGAAGCCAACAGGUGCUAGAAAAAAAAAACUCCCCAUCCAAAGUGAGACAGCUAAAGGGACAGAGCGUCUGAGUAAGAGGAAGCCACUCCAUGUGCCUGGACCACCACACCCAAGCCCUCCUCAGAGCCCACAGGGGAACCAGAAAGAAAACGCUCUCUCACCAGAAAUCCCUAAGCCUACCCAUACCAAACCUUUACCUAGUGAUUCCCAACUGCAGGAAGAGAAAAAAGGACGAGCACAUUCCCUCCCCAAAAAGGCCCAGACCAAGCUCCCCCCAAGUGGCCGGUCUCAAAAGGCAGCAGUGUUCCAAAAAGUACCACCUUUGAAAAGUAAGAACUCCGGAGGAUUUUCUCAAGAGAGUAGUAAGGCAGCCCCCCGUAAUGAGCAACAAAGACAGGAGGGUCCACCCCAGCCCUCUGGACCUCUACAGAGUGAGGAGGCCUCUACUGGGACAUCAGCAGAGGGUUCUACGCUCGUGGACAAUCCAAAGAGAAAAGAUCAGAUUCACAGAAAGAGGAGGUCUCACAAGAGAGACACUACUUCAGAGCCCCCCAAGCAAGAGUGUGAGCCUUCUACCUCGCAGCCAGUCAGCCAGACACAAGCCCAGCAGGAGAGCAGCCAGGCCAGAGAAAGCUCUGCCCCAAGGGACCAUGUUUCCAGGCAGCAAACCAAAGAGAAAGGUAAUCGAAAACAUGGGGGAACACCCCAGGACCAAAGCCCGGCUGCACCCCAAGAUCAGGUUUCUGCUGAGGAGCAGGGCAGCCGGAAAGGACGACUUCGAGCCAGGGGUAGUCAGAGCACCAAGAUUUGAGCUGUCUCUGCCCCCCCCCCCCCCCCCCAGGUCAUAAUGGCUGUGACUCUGAAGCAGUGCUGACUUGGGAGGAAAGAUUAUGGCCACAGCACUGCUCUCCACUCUGGCUUUCUGCUGAAACCCCAAGUCAAUCUCUGCCAGCACUGUUUGGCCAUUGGAUUUAUAUUUUUGUGCCCCUGUUGUGACUUGCCAUUGCUGCCUGGAAAAACCACCCUUAUAAGGAGCUUUGCCUGCUGCCAAGAGUGGCCCUUUGUGUGCAGGCUCCUCCAAAUGCCAACAUCAGUUCCAACUGUGACUGAAGCAGGGCUGAGAUGGAUAUCUCUCAUGCCACAUGCAUUACUAAGCUGUGCAAAAGUAAAAACAAAAUCUAAAAGGAAACCUUUGCAAUUUCUGGGUAGAUAGUACCCACUGGUCACUUACAGGAAUCUUCUGGAGGGGAGAGCACACAUUCUUCACACACGGAGGCCAAGAUGGAACGCUUCAGAUUUGCCUUGGCGCUUCUUACCAGAAGCUUCCUUUUGUUUGAAAUGCAUUUCCAAAUGAAUACUUUCCUUCUCUCAGAAUAAGAAGCUCAUGCCUUCUUUAUGCCAAACUAUCUGGUUGAAUCGGUGGAAGAGUUCAUGAAGAGAAAACACAGAUGAACUGUCUUUUCCUUUUUCUAAUCAUGCCACCAGGGUUCUUUUUCUGGUCAAUAAAAAGAGUCUAGCCUGAGCCAACUCAAAUGUCAAUGAUAAGGG